CUCAUAUACACCCUCUGUCGACAUUUCAGCACUGGAUUGGUGUGGGACAGCUCCCGUUCUCCUUGUUGCUGGGAUUACUGUUUGAUUGUUGACAGUGGAUUGUCUGUCUGCCUGCCUAUACCACUGGGCCUGUGGAUUUGCAGGCUCUGAGAGCUUCUUCUCAUAAUGUUGCUGCAGUAGCAGUGCUAGGAUUGGCUUUUCUCUCUCUCUUACUCUGCCGUCCCUCCAUGAGAGGCAGUGUGCAGUCCCAGGGCUGGUGGGGGGAGCAGGUGCUAUCCUCUCUCUCUCUCUCUCUCUCUCUCUCUCUCUCUCUCUCUCUUUCUCUCUGAGCAGCAGCAGUGUCUCUGGCAUGAGCGUUUGCAGCGCGAUGUUGGUGCAUCUGUGAGCCCAGAGUAAAGGAAAAUGAAUAAAUGAAAUAACGAGGGCAGAAAAUAAUAAGAAAACAAGAAUAAAAACAGAGACAGGGUGAUCACAGAAGAAUAUUAAUAAAGCAAGAAGAAGGAGAAAGCUCUUGGAUAUUCUCUCUGUGUCUGUCUGCCUCUCACUCUCCGUCACUGUGGUGGAAUGUAGCAGCGUACGGCAGGAUUUUUUUCUUCUCUUGAAAUGACAGUCAACGGAAAGACUGACAUACUGUGCCGGAGAGCCGUGGCAACCCAAGCAGCAGGACCAGGAGAGCAGAGGGAGGCAGAGCACUGAGGAGGUGCGAAAGAAUAGGGGGAUUCAGACCCCCAGCUGCUUAGCUUGUUGGUCUGUGUGCUUUUUUUUUCUGUGCUGCUGCAACUGCUAUUGCUGCUUGGGAAUUAUACAACUCAGGAGCUGCUCGGGAAAGGUAGGCACGAGUGGAAAGUGAACGAGUGUUUUUUUGGAAUUCACUGGGAAUGAGCUGAGUCAGCGUUGAAUCUAAGCUGCAGUAAAGAGCCCCCACUGAUCCUUCGAAUGAGGGAGUGAGAGAAGGAGGAAGAAAAUCAAGAAAACAACAUUAAGAAAAUUAAAAUGGUUUUAUUUCUUCAGUAGAGGCGAUGUCUAGCUGCGAACUGACUGCAACUCCCCCAGAGGAAGGAUUUACAGAUUAUAUUUAAAGAUAUUAGAUAUAUCUAUCUAUAUAUAUUUUUGGAAAUAUAUAUUUUGUUUUGCCUGGGAUUAAAAUUUCUAUACUGUACUGUGUUUUGUUUUUAUCCGGGGCUUCAUUAUUUUUCCUUCAAAACAAAAAAUCUUAAAUAUAUUUAUUCUGUAUUUCUAUUUCUACACACUCUCCUCCCCGCUCUCUCUGUCUAUUUCUGCUGCUCCUCGAUGCCUAGUAUUGCUUGUUGCCCCUCUGCUCAGUCCUGCCCAUGCGCCACUUCCCCCUACCCCAGGGGUUAACCCUUUCUGCUCCAGCAGGAUGAGCGAGGCUGUGACGCCUGCUUUGUCGGGGGCUGUGAUCUCAGAGGAUCCAGAGGGGGCUGCAGGGGGUUCUGAGCAGCCCUCCCCCCCUGAGCCUGGACCCCUGCGCUGUGGCAGCUGUGCCCUGUGGCCCCGGCAGCAGACCUGGCUGUGCGUGGUGCCCCUGCUCAUUGGCUUCAUCGGCCUGGGCCUUAGCCUCAUGCUGCUCAAGUGGAUCGUGGUGGGCUCGGUCAAGGACUACGUCCCCACGGACCUGGUGGAUGCCAAGGGGAUUGGGCAGGACCCCAUCUUCCUAUCCAAGCCCAGCACCUUCCCCAAAAACUCAGAGACUACUACAGCCACAGUAGCCAGCAGAACUCAACCUGGGCUGGGAAGCCACAGCACCACCACAGCCUCCAGCGCUGGCGCGGUGGGCCCUGCCGGCUCCGGCAGCUUCACGCCACGCCCCCCCAACCGCAUCAGCACCCGCAUCACCACCACCACCACGCGGACCCCCAGGCUGCUGCCCCCAGGGGGCCGGGGAGUGACCCCACGAGGCACCACGGUCCGCAGAGUGACCACGGGCACCAGUGCCGGGACGGAAUCAGUGGUGCCCACAGCUGCAGUAACCCCAACGAUGGAAGCUCGCCAGGAGCCCACUGCCCCGCCCUCGCCCUCGCCCUCAGGGCGCUUCUACCUUCACGAUUCGACAGCUGUGUGGACCCUCGGUCACUUUCCAGCAGAGAGCUCGCCCGCCGUGCCCACUCGACCCCCCCUGCGCACCAAAACACGUGAGUCCAUUACGGGGCCAUACUGUUGA